GCGAUGGCGCGACGUUGGCCUUGAGGUUGCUGGACGCGAUCAAGCUGCGCAGGUUGCUGAAGGAAUUGAACCCCGCGCAGAUGGCCUCCGCGCCGUGGGCGCCGGACGCCACGGUGCUCGAGGCGGUGGAGAGGCUCGACGCCAGCGUCGUCCCUCUGGUGAAGGCCCUAACGAUGGAGAUGGAGGAGGCCGCCGCGGAGGGCGGCGGAGGUGCGGAGGUGAUUCCAGCGCCCCCCGCGCGGCAGCAAUCGCAGCCGCCCUCCACGCCGCCACCGGACGCCGCUGCACUGCCAGUGUUGGCGGUGCGCCCGCGGAAGCGGCGCCGAGAUGGCGCCAGAGAUUCCGCUGGCGGUGGGGGAGGCGCCGCCGCCGCCACAGGCGCUCCAGAGGAGUGGUGCACCGAAGGCGGCGACUCGCCCGAUGCCCGCCCUGCGGUGAUCCAGGCUCGGAAGCGCCCAGCUCCCCGCGGCACCGUGGCGCACACCAGGUCCCUCGCCACCGAGCCCGGGGUGGCGUCGCCAGACGGCGAAGAGGGGCUGGAGGCCGAGGAGGAGCC